AUGGGCUGCGCGACCAAGAACGCGAAAGUGGUCAUGAUAUCCCUCGGCUCCCUUCAGCGCCUCAUCGCUCUGAAGGCUGUACCACAGUCCGCCGUUCCCGUCAUCAUCAGCACAAUGGGCGACUGCAUGAACCAGGGUGUCGAUAUACAGCUGCGGAUACUGCAGACGCUGUUGUCGCUCAUCACCAACUUUCCCGCCAUCCACGGUCAGCUACUCGGUGAUGCCCUUCUGCUCUGCUUCAAGCUGCAGGAGUCACGUAUCGCGGUUGUAUCGUCGACCGCAGCAGCGACUCUGCGACAGCUGGUCAUGUUCAUCGUGGACAAGGUCGUGGACGAGGACAGGCGGGACGAAGUUGACCUCAAGACUUUAGUCGACAUCACGCUGCCGAACGGAGAGACAAAGGCACUGGGCCCCUCGGCGCGAGACGCGUACGCAGUGUUCGAGGACUUGUGUCUGCUGGCGAACGCCGAACGACCGCGGUUCCUCAAGCUGGAGGUCCUCCGCAAGACAUUCGCACUCGAACUCAUCGAGAGCGUGCUCACGAACUACCACGACCUCUUCCGCAAGCACCCCGAGCUACUCCUUCUGCAACGUCACCACCUCUCCCCGCUGUUACUCAAGGCACUCUCCGACCGGCCAAGCUUCCCACUAACACUGCGAGCGACGCGUGUCGUCUUCCUGCUACUCAAGCAGUUCUCAGGGGAGUUGAAGACCGAAUCUGAGGUCUUCUUGAUGCUGCUCAUCAAGAUCGUUGGUUCAGACGGAGAUGCCGACCCAGCAGAAAGUGGGCAUCCGUACGGGUCACGUCCGUUGUGGAUGCGGGUGCUUGCCAUGGAGAUCAUGCGCGGCGACGCAGAACUGAUCCGAAACGUAUGGGAACGGUACGACGCGGAGGAGGGCGGCUCGAAGGUGUUCACGUCGCUGAUCACCGCGCUGAAGCGCCUCGUCACAGAGAAGCCGGCGCUACUCGGCGUCUGCACGCAGAUGUUCGGCGUCGGUGUCCCGACGAGUAGCGGCUCGAGCUCAGACUUGGCUGGGUACGGCCUCGACGUGGGCGGUGUCGCGGGCAUGGUGGCGACCGCAGCCAGUGCCACCGUCUCUGCCGGGUUGAGUAUGAUUGGCUCGGAGGCGGGACUGAGCCUGCACAGCUCAGCAAUGAAACUUCAAUGCAUCGACCAGCUCGACAAGGCAGACUCGCCCGUCAUCCCGGAGUCCUACGUGUAUUUGCUCGGCCUCCAAUGCCUGGUCGCGCUCUGCGAGGGCUUCGCGUCUUUCACGGGGCCGCUCUACAACUCGCUCAUGAUCCAGCGGCCCCGCUCAGCGGGCGAGCCCGUCGUGCGCGCACCGCCCGCGCUCGACCUGUCCGCGCUGCCCACGGACGAGCCGACGACGCACCAGCUACGGACGGUGCACGCGAUGGUCGAGAGCGGGUGGCCCGCGCUCCUCGCCGCACUGUCGUUCCUCAUCUCGACGAACCUCUCGGACGAGCUCUUCGUGGAGGUGCUCGCGAGUUACCAGGCGCUCACCACCGUCGCGGGCAUGCUCGGCCUCGCGACCCCGCGCGACGCGUUUUUCACGAGCAUCGCGCGGCUCGCGAUCCCGCCGCGGGUGAUCUCGAGCCUGGAUACGUACCAUGGCUCGGCUGGACACUACACGGAGCCGAUGACACCGCGCAGUGCCGCGACCACGCUCUCGGAGAACCUGGGGAUCACGAUUGGCGGCUCCGUGCAGCCUCCUGGCCUGUCGGAGAGGAACAUGGCUUGUCUGAAGGUGCUGGUGACGAGCGGACUCUUCCUGGCGGGCAGUCUCGGCGAAAGUUGGUUCAACAUCCUCGAGGCUCUGCAGAACGCCGACUACGUACUGACGGUACGGGGCACCAAGCCGACGGCGAGCAAACGUGGGACUCUACAGGGGACGGGCAGUGCACCUGGGAGCCGCGUGUCCUCCCUCAGCAGCUCUCACUCCGCAGCUCAAGCAGGCGCCGCGGCAAACCAGGGUGCUGGCCAACAGCCACAGACAACUACGCGACAUCCCCUUUUGGCCGACCUCGACCCGGAGAGCAUGCAGCAUGCCAUCCAACGCCUGUUUGACGCCUCCAAGAACUUGGACGACGGCGCUUUCCGUCACUUCGUGAGCUCGUCGUGCAAGCUGAGCGCUGCCAUGAUCGGCAUGCAGUCAGAGGCGCAGGAGAUCGCCUUAGAGUCCGAAUCACUGGACGAGCUGGUUACUAGCCCUGGCCUCACAUUACAGGCAGAGCACCACCGCAGGAGAGUCAGUGGGAUCCACAUGCCUAAGACCCCUCGGUCUGGAGACUUCGGUAUUAGCAAGCUCGGCGGCGUAGCGAUGCUCAACAUCCAUCGGCUGAUAUAUAGAUCGCCCGACGUCGCAUGGGACCCCAUCACGGAGCACUUGCUAAUCGUCAUCCGAAACGCACUCGCGCCUUCUACAGUGAGAGUCCAAGCGGCGCGCAUCCUCGAUGACAUCCUCGUCGUGGUGCCGCGUAAUCUGUCAUCCACCGGGGACCUGCAGCCUAAAGUGCAGAGACGUGUCCUUGACGUUCUUGCUCGACAGGUCAUACCGGAUAGUAUGGCCACUAACAGCACCACUGUUGAGGUGCGGCGCAUGGGCUUCGAAACGCUUCACCAGAUUCUGCAGGCUUCCGGACAUACCCUCGUAAUUGGGUGGGAGACCAUCUUCGAGAUGUUGAGUAGCGUAUGCACUCCGACGACCUUGCCCUCGUCUGCCACCACGGACUCGCUAUCGACACCCACUACUGCUGUCCCGGAGACUCCGCGGCGUAAACCCGCACCUCUUGGUUACACGAACGACAAGGGGCACAACUCACUAGUGAAGAUCGCCUUCCAGUCCUUGACCUUGGUUUGUGAUUCUCUCGGUUCCUUGUCGCCCGAGCAUCUCCGUCUGUGUAUCAGCACACUAGGGAAGUUCGGGCGCCAGGCGGAUACAAACAUUGCUCUCACAGCAGCCGAGAGCCUUCUCUGGGGCGUGUCAGACUCCAUCCAGGCGAAACGCAAGGAUGCGGAGACGGAGCACGAGUUCAGCGCGCUGUGGAUGUUCCUCUUGGUCGAGGUGCUCGGCCUCUGCACAGACGCUCGGCCAGAGGUGCGAGUUGGUGCGAUACAAACCUUAUUCCGCACGCUGCAGCUUUAUGGCACGACACUCAGCCUGGGGACGUGGGACGAGUGUAUAUGGAAGAUCACCUUCCCUCUCUUGGAUUCGAUCACUGUCGCUGCUCAGCAGGCGAUCGCUGAUACUGAUGAAGAAGACUCGACCGCGGAUCCUGCUGAUCUACAGUGGGAUGAGUCGAAGAUUCUCGCAUUGCAAUCGAUCGGCUCGAUCUUCCACGAGUUCCUCUUAACCAAGCUCAUGCCUUUGGAGAGUUUCUCUAGGGCGUGGGAUGUCUUCGUGGGCCAUAUACAGUCUUCAUGGCGCAAUGACAACCGGAUGGUUACCGCCACUGCUCUUCGCUGCCUGGAUAAGUCGAUCAACGCGCUCGCCACCGGCGAGGGCGAGUUGGUCGGGAAGACCAAGGAUGCAUUGGCCACAGUGUGGCAUGCCUGUGACGAUAUGGGUGCAAUGAUCGCGACGGGUGGCUCUGGUCAACAAACAAGACUUCAUUCGAAUCCUUUCACACAGGAAAGCUUGAUGGCGUUCGUAGACGUCAUUCGCAGUACCAGAUCUGUCGGGCGUAAUGUCGAAAGACACGAAUGGUCCCUUGAACGACUCGAACGUCUCAUGUCCAUCUUGAAAGGUGUUUUGACAUACCAGAACUCAACCGACUACAGACCAGAUAUUGACGCUCUCAGUCCCGUUCAGGCAACUGUGAUGCAAGCGAUCGACGGCGUUGACUUGUCAUCUCCGGGUGCACCAUCACUGGUACUGCGAGAUCUAUCCGAGUACGCAACUCUACCUUUCUUGGCAGCUUUCGACAUGCCGUCGCGCUCUUCCGUUGUCUCUGCAACGCCAUCGAGAUCAAAUGCCGGGCGUGUCACAUAUAUUGCGCUCUCGAAGAAGAUUAUGCCCGUACUGGUAGAGCUCUUCUUACGCUUCAAAGGCCAAAGCGCGAUAUACUUAGAUGGCACAGUGGAGCGGAUUUAUUCGGCAUAUGCGAUUCCAAUCAAGUUGAAGUAUGAGUGCCCAGCGCCGUCGAAGUUUGGAAAAGAUCCUCCUCUGUGGAAGACUGCUACGAACAAUUUCCUCCGCAUUGUCAAAGAGUGUGGUCCGCAGCUACGCGAGUUCGGAGAAGAUGUUCCCGACGCUCAGCAAGAAGGCAUCUGGCGCCAGAUCAUCGAGACAUUUCGUGGAGGGAUUUUGGCCGACUGUUCGGCCGCCGACAGCUUCCCCUUAGACAUGCAGGAGACUGAGGAAAACUUCGACCUGGCAUUGAUCGCCGCCCUUGAGAUUGACGUUGUCCCCUACCUUGGAGACGCGCUCUCCCAAGAGUUCGAGAAAGUGGAGAAGUUCGGCACGGACGUUGUGGCUCUGGGAACCACGGAGAGCGGACAUUUCCGGCCGAGAGAGCGAUUCUCUUAUUGGUGCCUUGACCUUCUCUUCCUCAUCUGUUCCGACACAGCCAAGGAUCGUAUACCCGCUCGCAGAAGGCUAGCUGCAUUGAGUCUACUAUCAAUGCUUGAACGAUGCCGUGCUACGCUGGUCCACUAUGUAGCUGAUGAAGCUUUGCGGGGGAACCUCCCCUUCCCAAGAGCGAGAGAAGAGGAACUGUUGUAUGUACUGCAGAAGCUACUGAAGCUGCAGCUAUGGCCGGGAACGCUCUGGGCAGCGCUUUCCAACGCCCCUUCACAAUAUUGUGUCCAACAACCAGAACCUACGCAGCUCAUCGCGGAUGCAGUGAAGCGAUCAUCAAAAGCCCAUCUCUUCCAUUUCUAUCCCAUUCUGUGCGAGAUCGUCUCAAUACCGCGAAGGACGCCUUCAGCUUGGGUUCCGCGCGACGGGCUUUCGCUACCAAACAGCGCACUCUCACCUCGAGAAGGAUCCGCAGUUUCAGGUGGCGCAGCUGACGGCGACGCAGAUCACGGAAGGCCUGUCGAACUGGAUGCGCGCUCCGUAGUCAAAGAGUGCUUGAAAGAAGUUGGCAAGGAGAUGGGGGUACGGCAGUAA